UUUGCUUACCUAAACAUGAUAAUUUCUUUAUUAUACAAAUUGUUCAAACCCAAGGAGCAGAAACAAAAUAGCAGUACCAGUACGCCACAUAUACCACAUGGAAUACUACUCAACAUUCUGUCAAGAGUACCUGCUCCGUCAUUGCUUCGUUUUAAACCGGUGAAUCGAGCCUGGUAUUCGUUGAUUUCGAGUGAAGAGCUCCGUCGUCGACAUCUUCAACAUCACGUUAAACGCCUUGAUCAGACAUACGGAACCAUCCAAGUGGGACACACACAUACCUUAUACCCGUCUCUUUCUCUUCGCAUCAUGAGCAAUAUCCACAUUGAUGAUCAUCAACUCGUAGAGAUCCAAAGAAUUUACGGUGAAGUGAGCUACGGAUAUUAUUUGCGUCCUCAACUACUUGGUUCCUGCAAUGGUUUAUUGCUAAUAAGUCUUUCACCCUACUUAAGCUCAUUUAUAUUGUGGAACCCAACGAUUAGAGAGCAUAGAAUAAUCGACAGGCAGAUUACCAACAGGUCGGAUAUGUGUAUGGCUGGACUCGGGUACAACAGCUUGAAUGACGAUUACAAAAUUGUGGUGGCGGAAUUCUCUAAUCUGCAAAAUAAUUCAAUCCAAGUUCAAAUUUAUAACCUGAAGGAGAGUUCAUGGAAGACAAUAAAAUGUGAUAAUUUCCCAUACAAGUUCAUAUCAUUUACCACACCAGCUGCUAGUCUCGUAAAUGGAAUCCCGCAUUGGCAUGUCAAAAGGAUAAACAAUGGUCAAGGUGUGGUUAUAUCUUUCGAUUUGGCCGAGGAGAAAUUCGAAGAAAUCGAUCUACCCGAGAAUAUACUUGAUUUUACAUGUAUGUCUGCUCUAGACGGGUGUCUUUGUAUAGGCAUAAGAAAAUAUUUUUGGCAUCCAAUAUAUGUGUGGAAGAUGAGAGAUUAUGGAAUCAAGAAAUCUUGGUUUAAGUUAAAAUUUUCUUUGCAUACUGAAAUUGGAGGUGAAAAUUACUUGAUGCCACUUGGAUUUCUUCAAAAGGAUCUAGUUGUAGCAAAUUUUGAUAGGGUAAUCAUUGCGAUAUUCAAUGUUAUUACACAACAAAAUAAGUUUAUUAUGGGGUCGGGGCAUAGACCUUAUUUUACAGUAGCUGCAUUUAUCGAAACUUUUGUUGAAGUCCAUGACUGA